CUUAUAAAUAAAGGAGUCUAUUUGAGUUCUCAUCAUCUUGCGAUGGCGGCUGGUUUUGGAAUUCGACACUACUUGUGUAUGAUGUUUCUUCUUUCAAUUAUAUUUUGUGUUUCAGCACGAAAUUUCAUUUCAAUCUCAGAUGAUGAGAUGGCAAUGUUACAAGUGGAGGUGAAGAGGUCUCUGCUUUCAGUGCAGCUAGAUGAUUAUGGUUCGCCUUCUGCCAACCGCAAUCACUAUCCUGGCAAGCCCAGCAAGUCCAAAGGUGGACGUGGCUAAUUCAUGAACUGAAUUAUAAUAUAUAAAUAUUAAUUAAUCCAAAUAUAUCUUAAAUAGUACAAAUAAAAUGCCCAAAAUUUGUAAUGCAAAUGUCACUACUAUAUAUUAUUAUUUCAUAUUCUCUUACUGCUUAUUUAUAAAUGUUAUAAAUACGAAUUUAAGUGUUAUGGUACUUAUAAAGUGUGCUUUGAGUUCUUGAAUUGAUAUAUGGAGGAUUUUUAUUACAAUGA